AACGCUAGUGAAAAUAUAACCUCUAUAUAUUUCAUGGAGCUAAUAAGGAAGUAUCUGUACGUGUGUAUACUUCCCUGUGAGUGUUCACUUGCGGAAACAUCGCCGUCUAUUUGUGGAUUUGGUAAGAAUUUUCACGCUUUGAAAAGGCACCAAAAAUUGAAUGCGGAAUAAGUAGAAACAUAGAUGAUCGUCUGCCAUGAUAAACGCCAAGUGAAAAUUCAUCUCUCUGUUUCUGCUACCUGAUACCAGUAGGUGCCGUAAGGAUUUUCCUGGCACUAUUUGAAGUGUGGAAGGAUACGCUGCUCUAGCUUAAAGGCAGUGCAUACGUUUGCGGAAGUGAAACUCUGAACACGGAAAAGGAACACGUCAGACAGGCAAUUUGGCAAACAGGUUCCCAGUAACCCACACGCCAAAAUGAGUUAUUCUCGGACCUCCAGGAUGUUGUGUUUUCAACUCAGCCUUGCUUUGUUCUCCAUGCUUGGAGGUACAGCGUCUUUCAACACAACGGUGUUUGUUCCCGAAAACGCCCCAGUAGGAACAGUCGUUGCUCGUCACAAAGUUUCCCCGCAGUUGCCAAGGACAUACAGGAUUCUUGAUGGUAAUGACUACGAGAGGUUUGUGAUAGCAGAGAGUCAGGGUGUUGUCGAAGUUGCUAAUCCAUUGGAUUACCAAAUACAGUCGACGUAUCAACUGCAGAUCUUGACAAGCAGCGGACGCAAGCUCACUGAAAAUACCUCACUCUGGACCCUGACUGUUCAUGUGCUGGAUGUGUCUGAAUACCCCCCAUACUACAACAAAACAUGUGAAACCCCUGAAAGAUAUUCCGGUCUACCUAGAUUGGUAGAAUUCACUGACUAUUUUCUUGAUGGCUCAACAAGUAGUGGGUUUAAGUUUAGAAAGACGGCUGAUAUUGUAAAUGUGACAAAACGUUCAGUGUACUUUAGCGUGGAAAACGACAUUUGCGAAAUGAAUGUGACAGUCGGAAUCAAACAUAUCCAAGAUGUAGCAAUUUGUCAUGAAUUGUACAAGGCUGGCUACAUGAAUCUGACGCAGUACUCUGUGGGAGGAGACAACAAGGUGUCAGCUAUUCUGAUUGACAGAGAUGUACAUAGAGGGUACCCAUUUGUGCCGCCUAUGAUAUUUUCCGAACUUGUUGCUUCCAAAGGUUUGGAUCCUGUGUGGAUUGGUAACCCACGAUACAGGUUCUUUCUUCUCGUCAGCCUUGGCGUACUUAAAACAGCCGCGCCUGUUAACAAGAUAGCGAACGUUCUGACUUUACGUUUAUUCGGUAACGUAAAUCUUACAGCUCAAAUAACUGCCAAACUUGCUGGUUGUCCACAUGGCAAAUACGGCGCAUAUUGUGACAAAAACUGUAUAUCUAUAUGUAAGAACGACGCCCGGUGUCACGGCUUCAACGGGGCCUGUCUAUGUGCCCCUGGCUGGAAGGGUGUGGCAUGCGAUAUACCGACCCCAGCAGUCGCUAUUGACGUCCGGCCCGAAGCAAAACUGUAUAUAACUGGGAACGUAUCCUUACAAUGUCGUCCUGUCCAUACAAACGUCUCGUCUAUGACAUGGUGGUUUCGAUCAUCUGGCAACAACAGUUCCAAAGUUUUUAUCCAAACUUCCCGUAACUUUUACAUCAGCCCGACUCUACCUGAGACCAACGGCGUGUACACGUGUGAAGGUCUUACAUCUGAGGGACAGAUACUGGAGAGAAACUACGUCUUAGAUGUGAUGGAAUGUCCUCCCGGUCUUCACGGGGAGCGCUGUGACAAGCCAUGCGAAUGUCUACACAACGUUGGUUGUGACCGUUGGACGGGGUGUGUAUGUGAGGCCGGUUGGACAGGGCCUACCUGUAACAUAUCCUGCCCUUCAGGGAAAUUCGGGACAAACUGCGAACAACCAUGCAAGUGUGAAGAUGGCGCGGAGUGCAACCCUUUCAAUGGUACUUGCAUCUGUCCGUCCGAUCUGACCGGGAAAUACUGCGAGGUGAAAAGAUUAAGUCUAAUUCAUACGGCUCGCAAGACUUCAAUGUUUUUUAUCAUUCUCGUUUUCGUCCCUCCUGUUGUUCUAUUACUUGCGUGUAUAGUGAAACGGAGGAAGCCAACGCAGAAAAAGCACGAGGAACUACAACUUGUUGAUAUGGCACUGAACUUGGCAGAAACGUUAUUGCCAUGGGAACGAGACCCACGGAACCUGACCCUUGGUGAGUUGGUCGGGCUGGGGACAUUCGGCCAUGUUGUUGAUGGAACCUUACAACUUCCAGGCGAACAGGCGGUACGGGUAGCCGUCAAAACGGUUGAUAUAAAGGUCAACCAAGGUUACGUCCAUGCGGAUUUUGAUCGCGAAAUUAACAUACUUGUCCAUCUUUUCGACGAAUCAUUACACACACAAGGAGAUGAAAAAAUUAUGCACCCAAAUAUCAUUCAGUUAUUCGGCGUGAUUACCAUGUUUGACCCAAAGAGGAUAGUGCUAGAAUUUGCUCAUCACGGAGAUCUUCAGACGUACCUGACCAGCUGCAGACUUCGAGACGACAUGGACGCAGUGGACUGGGCAACUCUGCUCGGCCUCGCCGUCGAUGUGUCUAAGGCUCUACAGGAGUUAGAGCGAGUCCGAAUCGUCCAUCGCGACGUGGCCGCCCGGAACGUGGUCAUCACAGACGGGAUGGUCGCGAAGCUGGCAGACUUCGGCUUGGCCCGAGACGUCUACACCAACACUGUGUACGAGCGCACCGAUCACCACGGACGGGACGAGUUACUCCCGCUGAAGUGGAUGGCGCCGGAGUCUCUCCGGUAUGGGGUGUACACCUGUCAGAGUGACGUGUGGUCGUUUGGUGUCAUGCUGUGGGAGAUUGCCAGUCUAGGAGAGGAGCCGCGCUACCCUGGUCCUUUUCGACCUGACUGUUGUCAGAUGGUGAAGAUGCUGAGACGAGGAGUCCGCAUGGAGAAGCCUGAAGAAUGUUCCGCUGACCUGUACAGACUGAUGUGCCAGUGCUGGUGCGAUGUUCGUGACCACAGACCGACUGCUGCUCAGCUUGAGGAAAGACUUGCGGAUCAAGUUCAAAAUAUUCAAGACGGUGCUGUUGACUGUAUGGCAGAAACUGCCUAAUGAUGAUUGUAGUUGGAUGAUCUUGUGACGUCUUUUAAACAAGUGUAAACAAUAGUUGUCUCUGGUGAGAAGGUUUAAACGGGAUUCUAUGGAGAUGACGACAUAUCGACAUCAAUACUCGCCAUAUAUUGGUGAAAGAGGGUAGUUAAAGAAUGUAUAUAUUACACAGGUAACUACUCCAUUGUUGUUAGUACAGUAUUUCCGAUUUUAAAGAAGCUGAAGUAGAUGACAAGGUAAUCUUUUUGAAAGUUUUAGUAUACCCAAGAAGACAUUGAAGUCAACAAAAAUAUUUCAGGAUGUUGGCUGGAAGCUAGAUAGUAACCGCAUCAGCAUUUACAUUUGUUUUUCAUUUCAAUUCAUUAGUUGUAUUGCUUAAUACUAGAGUUCGGCGACCUCAUAUCUCCAUGAAAUAUUGGAGCUUUUGUAGGUUUUAUGCAAAUGACAUAACGAUUAACGAGAUAUAAAAAACGGGAUUUCCGCUGCUGUACCAAGGGAAGCCGCUACUGAGGGGGCCGGAAAAGAAAGCUCAUGCCUGAACGAAAUUGUGAUGCAACGAUAAGCACUAUCGAACAGAAGAGUGAUGAACUCUGUUGUUACUAGAAUAAAACAAGUCUUUACAUGCCUGGUGACACACUGAAAUUAAGGUAAGGUGCCAGGAAUGACAAUCUAGGGUUAAACUAGUUAUUGGCAGAAUGCGCAAAGAUGGUACACUGUGUCACACCAAUGUUAAACGAUUUGUGACAAUUCCUAACCUUGCGUGAAAUUGUAUCUUUCCUAGACGGAAGAAGUUUUUUGGACAUUGA